UCUAGAGAUGGCAAACUGGGUACUGGACCGCGGGCGCGGUCCAUAAGGGUUUGGUGCGGAGCGGGUAUGGGACGGGGAUUUCAUGACCCGCAAAAUACCGGGCCUUGCGGGAUGGGUUUGUUUGGGUCCGGGUUCAUAGCGGGAAAAGCCCAGAAUUGACCGCGGGACAAAUGGGAUCCCGCAUCUCGAUUCUUCAUUUGCUUUCCGUCACCUGAGAAAAAAAAGAGAGAGAGAGUGAAAGAGUGAAAGGCGAAGGAGCAUCUCGGGUUUGGUGCCACCGACGAUGAAGAUUAACACUGUGGGAAGAAACAGAGCUCCGACGAUGGCCGUUCGAUGUCCGACAAUGCUUCUGGUCACCACAUCGUCUUAGACCUGCAGCGAAGGAGCUAAACCGAGAAGCCUCCAACUAAGUCGAUUCAUCUUCUAUUCUUCUUCGAUAUGUCUUCUAUCCGUUCCAUUCCUUCCUCAUGAGCUUCUAAACUUCACAGAUAAGACAUGCAUGUACAGAGUUGUUAAUGUAAUAAGACCAACAACAUUCGAUCUAUAAAUUUUUUUAUACUCUAGGCUUUCUUAGCGAUCUAUAGUUUGUGUUAAGUUCUUAAAUUAAGACAAGACUUUUUUGCAUUGGAAGUUCCUCCUCUUCGUGUGUGUGUGUCUCUCUCCCUGCAAGCAAAGCAAAUAUGAGUAGCAGCAGCCAAUGGAAUCGUAACGUUGGGAACUUGCCUCCUCCAGAUCAUCAUCGUUAAGUCGUUGCCUCUUCCGAUCAUCAUCGUUAAGUAUGGACCCAUUGUGGACAUUGAUUUGAAGAUUCCACCGAGACCUCCCGGCUAUGCAUUUGUAAAGUUUGAAGAUCCUCAUGCUAUUUAUGGACGGGAUGGGUAUGACUUUGAUGGGUGUCGACUAGUCUACGGGUUGAGAUUGCACAUGGUGGUCGUAGACAGCAGCAGCUACAGUGGGAGCCGUGCACCUUCUAGACGUUCGGACUAUCAUGGUUUGUAUACUCUUCUUAUCAGUUAGUUUUAUUUUGCUUUUUUUUUUUACAUUCCAAGGGAACUCAGUAAGGAGAAUUGUCUUGUGAGCAGUAGUGUAUCGAGUUUGUUUAAUAUGAUUUUGCUACCUUUUUCAACUAAAAUAACUUGUGUUCCAUAUCUGAUAUGCCUUCUUCUUGUAUUGUCUUUGUUUGUGUUCUGUGGUGAGGUGAUGGAACUAUGGUGAACAAUCCCGCGGGAUGGCCCGCGAAGGCUUGCUAUAAAUGCGGUACGGGAUUGGACAGCUAUAUUGAGGACCGCAUCCCGCGCGGGACAGGCCCGCUGUGUACCGGCAGAAGACGAACCCGCAGCGGUUCGAGACGGGACGGGACGGGAGAGCCCAAUUGCCAUCUCUACAUACGUCUUACUUAAAACGAGUUUAUAUAAAUAGACUAUAUAAAAGAAUGAAUAUAACAGAGGAUCGAGUGGACUACAAAUGCUGAUAAUGCUGUAUUUACAGUCUCUUCUUAACUUGGCUGUUCAACUUUUCAUUAUUUUAUAUCUUUCUCUCUAAAGUUUUUAAGUUCUCAGACAUGCAUUUCCUGUGUCAGUGUGGAUACACAGAGUGUGAUCAAACAAAGAUGUACAACUCUGUUUUCUUCUCAAAGCUUUUUGACUCCUUUGACUCAAACUUGGUCUAUAUAAGUCCCGUUGUUCUUGACUCAUCUCUCUCUCUCCAACCCAUUUGAAAAGAAUCUCUCUUACAACAGACCUCUCUCCAUGUCUGGAAGUGAGGAGGAAGAUGAUGUUCUUCCCCGUUUCUCCAAGGUCUUCCUCUCACAAACCGCUUCUGAAUCGAUGGCGAUUCCAAAGUCUUUCAGUGAGCAUCUUGAAGACCCACUGCCACAAACAGCUAAGCUCCAAGGCAUUGGAGGUGGUGUUUGGACCGUGAGCUUCAAGAAAAUACGUGACCGUGCGUAUUUCACUUCUGGGUGGUCCAAGUUUGCAGAGGACCAUGAGCUUAAGGACGGAGAGUUCUUGACCUUUGUCUACGACGGUUCCCACACUUUUGAAGUCAGUGUCUUUGGUCUUUCCGGAUGUAAAGAGAUAAGAGCUGCUGUGGAGACAGUCAACCUCUCUGAUGUUGAUUCUGACAAAAAAGAAGAAGAAGAAGAAGGAGAAGGUGAUGAUGAUGAUCCUUCAUUCGAUGCUGGUGAAGAUGAUGAAGCCAGCCAGAGUGUUGACACUGUAUCUAAUGCUGAAGUUGUUGAAGGGUUUUCGAAUUUGGAGGUUGAGUCUAAUCCAUGCUUUACUACCACCCUCAAGAGCAGGAUCUAUGAGCUGUUGAUUCCUGCAAAUGUGGUGAGAAAACAUAAGCUUAAAUUUUGUGACCGCAUCAAGUACAUUGAUGGAGAAGGGAUCAUGCAUGGGGUUAGAGGAAAAUGGACUGAUGAUAGGAUUUUCUUCAAAGGAUGGAACAAGAUUUGUAGAAGGAACAGGCUUAAAGAGCAUGAUACUGUCCACUGUGAGAUGCUUCACAUCAGGAAAAAAGUUCACUCAAUCAAGAUCACAGUCACACGUGGUUGAAUCUUUCAUCAUCGGUUCAGCACCAUCACCACACCCUUCAUCCAUCACUCAUCAAUGAGUUCUAUUUUUGUUUGUUUAAUGAGUGUUGUAGUUUCCUUGUUAGGUUUUUAUCGUACUAGUACUUUCUUUAUCCCCAAGAAACCUUGUGACCUUAUUGAUGUUUCAUGUUGUAUUUUCAAUGCUUAAUAGGGUAGUUUUUGAGAA